AGAUAGCGUGAGAGGGAAAGAGAGAGAGAAGGAGUGUAAAACUGAGUGUGAGGGAAUUAAAGAGAGUGAGAGAGAAACAGAGAGAGAGAGAGAAAACCUCAAACUGCAAAAAUAAAAAGUGAAUGAAAAACUAAAAUUUAUAUACAUAUACACAUAUAUAUAUAUACACAUAUAUAUAAUAUAUACUCACACACACACACGCAUGUAUACAUACAUAUAUAUAUAUAUGUAAAUGUACACAUGUAUAUAUGCAUAUGCAAUCACACACUUAACACUGUGCGCUGGAAACUUAUUGAGUUCUGAAGUAAUCUUUAUCGGGACGUAUUGAUAUUGAGGAAGGAAAAAAGUACGUUUAUUGCUCCAGUGUUUGUAUCAGAAAGGAAAAGAAGAAAAAAAUUCUAAAAAAAAAAGGAAAAAGAAAAAAAAAAUUCUGAAUUGAGAUAUUCAGUUUUUGGUGAAGCAGCAACAUUUGAAUACUGCAUGUAUUUUGCGGGAAUCUUUUAAAUAAUUCAGUGUGUGUUUAUAAAUAGAUGUGACUAUGUGCGAGUCUUGAUUAUUUUAAUCGCCAUUCCAUGCAAGUUAGGAGCUGCCUUCUUUGGUCAGCACUGAGAAGAAAAAAAGAAAAAGACUAAGGUGAAAGAAGCCCAGAAACAUUACAUAAGAAGAACAGUAAAGAAAAGGGACCAGGAGGAACGAAAUACGAAAUAACAACGAUUAGCACCGACUGUCUUUCGUUUCGGAUUGUAAAUUGAGUUUAUUGUUUAAUUUUGUUCUUUUAUGUAUAUACAUAUAUAUACAAGGCAGUUGAUGUGUUGGAGCAAUCAUACAGAAACACCAAAGAUGAAUCCGUCGCGAAAUAUCCCUAGAUAUUGGUCAUAGUAGUUGUGGUACUUGGUGGUUUGUUGGAGGAUUUUAACGACCACUGUCCUCUGCAGCAUGAGGGUCAUAUCUCAGGGACUACCACAAAGGGACAUAUUAUCCAGGACUAGCAUUGUCCUAAAAAAUGUCAUCGGUACUCAAGGAAAAGCUUUCUCGGAUGAAGCCUAUUACCAAGCUCCAGAAAUUCGCGAAAGGUCACGAUCUGUUGCACAUUUCUACAACCAGAGUGCCAUAGACAAGGCUGUAAAUAAGCCAUCUGUUCGUUUGACUCCAGCAGCUAUAUUAUAUGCAGGCAAGAAUCGAGAUGGUACUCACAUACUUAGAAGUGCCCAGUAUCUUCAUAAAGAAUUGCCUGUCCGAAUUGCUCAUAGAAUUGGGGGUUUCAGAGGACUGCCGUUUAUUGUUGGCUGCAAUCCAACAAUUUUGCAAGUGCAUGAAAUGUACAUUCGGGCAUUCAACAUAUUAACUGAAUUUCCAAGUAUUCAUAACUUUGAGGAUGAGCAAAAAUAUAGUCAAACGUUGAAAAGUCUUUUGGAUGAUCAUAAAGAUGUAGUCUCUUUAUUGGCUGAGGGUCUUGGAGAAUCUCGCAAACAUAUCAAAGAUGACAACUUGAUAAAAAUCUUUCUUGAUCGUACUUUAACUUCAAGAUUGGGUAUUCGAAUGUUAGCAGAGCAUCACUUGGCAAUGCACGAAGAAAAGCCUAACCAUGUUGGGAUCAUCAAUGUGAAUUUCUCUCCUCGCAAACUUAUUGAAAAGAAAGCAGAGUUUGUAAGGAGUGUUUGUGAAGCUAAAUAUGGAGCAGCUCCCAAUGUCCGUUUGAAUGGCCAUCUGAAUGUAACAUUUCCAUAUAUAGCACCUCCGCUUGAUUACAUUUUAGGUGAAAUUCUGAAGAAUUCCAUGAGAGCGACUGUGGAAAGCCACUUAGAUAAUUUGAAUCAUCUCCCUGACAUUGUUGUGACCAUUUCUAAUAAUGAUGUAGAUUUUGUUAUCAGAGUCUCUGAUAGGGGAGGUGGCAUUCUUCAUUCCAUUGUCAAGAAAGUGUUUGAAUACAGUUUUACAACCAGUGGCAGUAUAACAGAUGACCGAGUUGAUGGUGGUUUAUUUGGUACUAUAACUCAGUCAGAUUACACUGGUCCUGCUCCAGGUUCAAUGCAUGGAUAUGGAUUUGGAUUGCCCUGCUCAAAAGCUUACUCAGAAUAUCUUGGUGGACAACUGACCCUGGAAACAUUACAAGGAAUUGGCACUGAUGUUUAUCUUCGAUUGAGGCAUGUAGAUGGAAAACGGGAAAGUUUCCGGAUCUAGAUUUUUUUUUUUUUUGUCUCAUUUCCUUUUUUUAAAUUUCUGGCUGACCUUUUUCUUUUUUUUUCUCAUUCGUUAGAUAGUCAGUCAACUAUAAUUAAAAAUAUGUGUGAUGGGCCAGUUUUAUGGUAUUGAUCAGUGGAUUAUAGCAGAAAAAGAUAUUGUGUGAUACACUAUGAAUAAAAUGCAAAAUAAUGCUUUUAAAUCGAAGAGAAAAUGAUUUUGCAAAAUAGAGUGUAAAGUUGAUUGUGUCUCUUAAAAUUUAAAAUAAAAAUAAAAAAAGAAUUUGAAAAAAAAAUAAACAAAGCUGGCAAACUGUAUUUUUUGCCAAUUAAAUUGAAUAAAAAAAUACUCAUUUUA